AUGCAGCAGAAUGAGGUCCUCACUCUUGAUCUCUGCUUGUUUGUUCUCGUGUCAUGGGGAAGGUAUAUGAUGGGGCAGAAUGCCAUUCUCAACGUCCUAUUCCGGUGCGCGGAUGUGCUUCUUGCUGCAUUCUUGUGGAGCAUGCUGGGAGCGCAUGUAGCGUUGAUGGGAAGCACAGACCCUGAGAAGAAGGAAGCUCUGCUUGCGACAGGGCUGAAAGGACCGUCGGUCUAUGCCGUCCCCACCUCUGCAGCCAUCAGCUUCGUCGUGUGCUUGCUUUGCUCUGCGCUGAACUUGGGGGCGCUCGAGAUCUUCAUCAUCGAGCUUUGCGUCAUCUUGGCCGUGUUCCGGUACCUCUGGCGGGGAGGAGCUGGGCCGAGUAAUCAACUCAUCUACGGGGAUCCGACGGAGGGAGUUCCCUGUGGCUUCUGCGGGCAGGUAGGAUGUAACGGGGCAUGCUGUGUGUGA